AUGCCUGCCUCCGCCGAGGUCGCUACCACCAACGACCCGCCUCUGGUGGACAGCUAUUGUGCGCUUCUCCUCGGAGGCGAGCUUGGAAGCAGCAGCGGCUUUGUGCCCGCGGCGCAGGCGCUGUCGGCGGAGAGCCUGACCGUGCUCCAGCGUGACCUGCCAACGAUCGACUUGAAGCGCCUGACGAGCGGCGACCCGAGGGAGAGGGACGUGUGUGCCGACGCCAUGGCGAGCGCGGCGUCGGAGUGGGGGUUCUUCCAGGUGACCAACCACGGCGUGGGGCGGGAGCUCCUGGAAGAGAUGAGGCGGGAGCAGGCGGUGCUAUUUCACCAGCCGUUCGAUACCAAGGAGAAGGCCGGACUCGUAGACGGCUCGUAUCGGUGGGGCAACCCGACGGCAACGUCGCUCCGUCAGCUUUCCUGGUCGGAGGCCUUCCACGUUCCGCUCGCGAGCAUCUGUGGGGAAGACUGCGUGCACGCACGGCUCAGCUCCUUGAGUUUGAGGUACCCGUUGUGCCCGUUCGCGGACACGUUGGGCAUGGUGCCACACACGGACAGCGACUUCCUCACCAUCGUCUGCCAGGACCAGGUUGGGGGCCUGGAGAUCAUGAACGACUCCCACUGGGUCGCCGUGAAACCCCACCCCGACGCGCUCGUUGUCAACGUUGGUGAUUUGUUCCAGGCAUGGAGCAACAACAGGUACAAGAGCGUGGAGCACAAGGUGGUGGCCAACUCCAAGGCGGAGCGCUUCUCCGUCGCCUACUUCCUGUGCCCGUCGCAUGACUCGCUCAUCGGCACAUACGGCAAGCCGUCGCCGUACAGGCCGUUUACCUUUGGAGAGUACAGGAGGAAGGUGCAGGAUGAUGUCAGGCAAACGGGGAAAAAGAUUGGGCUCCCCAACUUUCUCAAAUGUUCUACGAUAAGUUGA